UAGCUUUGUAAACAUGAACGAUUCUUGGGGUUCCUGUGGACGUCGGUUAUUGCAAAAGACUGAGCUCGAGCAGGAGGGAAAAUUAAAAAUGGCGGGAACGAGUGUAAGAACCAUGGAGAAUGUGAUGGUGUCAGCUAGGGCGGCCGGCAUCACGUCUCGCAUCGGCCCAGUGCAGUUGCUCAGGUUCUCAUCACACGUCAUGUCAGAUGAAUACCGACUACUAGAGCUAUCUCCAAAGCUCCUGGAGACCUUGGAGCAAGGGGAAAGUUUGGUCAUCCGUGGUGAGAACCAGGAAGAGGCUUUGCUUUUCUCCAAAGACACAACAUUUGAAGUCAAACUUGCUGACACAUCUAAUACAUUACUCCUAACACCAAGUUGCCAAACACCUAAAGACAAUGGGUUCAAGCAAGAAACGAGUGAACUGAUUGAAAGACAGGUUUCCAGCUGUCAUUCAGAAUACCUGGAGGUGAGGUCAGGCAGGCCACGCCUUCAAAAGCUGCGCAGGUUAUUAGAGCAGGCUAUGUAUAAGGGACCAGAAUAUGAGAACAAAGGCGACGAUAUGACAGACGGUAUUCGGGAAAAGUUCACUCUAGAUGACUUACUAAAUGUUGUACAAGGAAGUGAGCAGGAAAUUAAACAAAAGCUGGACAAAUUAGGAGCUCUUGAGAUCAAUGGCCACUGGCGACUGCUGGAAAAAGACUAUGAAGAGAGGGCCACAAUGCGCAUUCUGACAUACCUAGAGGAAAUGGCCUGGGAUUAUCAGAGAGUACCAUUAGAUGAGUGUUGUGAUGGACUGAAAGAACUCCAGCCAAGCUUUGUAACAGAAUACUGCCUGCGUCAUUAUGGCAAAUUGUGUGAUGGCUGCAUGGAAGAGGUCCACUAUCAUCUGUUGGAAGAUAAGAUCUGCAGGUUUUAUGCAGAAUAUCUCCUUCGACCUGCGGGCAGAUUCAACUAUCACGAGUUCAUGGAGUCGUGGCAACAGAGUGUUCCAGAUGGCAUGACAACUACCCUUGAACAUCUACAGGGUAUUGCACUAACAGACAUGAAAAGUCAUCCCCCUGUUAUCUGGCAUUUUCCAGCAAGUGAUCUACCGGAAGAACCAGAGAUCAGGUUUAACAAACUUUUUAAAACAAGAAAUAAAUGGACAUUUGAUGAGAUCCAGCCCUACAUCAGGGAUUUGGUGGGUACUGGGCAGCCCCUAAACUCUCUCCUCUUGAAAUAUGCUCGCUCCUCAAAAGAUGACGCAGGAAACAAAGUUUACAACUCCAAGAAACCAGUCUAAACCAUUGUUCCAAUACUCUAUUUUUAGAUGAUAUAUGGAAAGUUAUUUUGUCUAAUGGGGGGCAUAAAGGCUGUUUAAUGGGUAGGGAAGGAAGCUACUGUGCUUGAUGCUUGUAAUACAGGGCCAAUGAAGAGUAAGUACGCAGCUGCUUUGUCUUCUAUUAUCUGUGCUCUACAAAGGAGUUCUUUUGUCUCUAUUCUUCUCGUUCUUUGUGUCGAGGUGCGGAUAUUGUUCAUUUGCCCAAUCAAAUUGCAGCUUAUAAGAGCUGCGUACUGACCCCCAAUGAAGCAUAUAUGUAGACACAUAAGCGUCAACAUCAAUUCUUUACUCAACCACAAUAUAAUGUACAUAUUUACAAUGUAAAUACACCCCUGUAAGGUGACAAACGAUUACACUAGCAUAAUAACACAUGUAAAAAUCUGCAAAAUUGAUUAACAUAUUAAACAGGAAUAGAUGAAA